UGAGCUGGCUGACUGUCUGGAAAAGAAAAUGUUUGCUCCACUUUGUCAACAUGCUUUUAAAUCUAAGUUGAAAAAGAAGUUCCAGUGUGUGUUUGAGGGAAUCACUAAAGCAGGAAACCCAACCCUUCUGAAUCAGAUCUACACAGAGCUCUACAUCACAGAGGGAGGGACUGCAGAGGUCAAUGAAGAACAUGAAGUCAGACAGAUUGAAACAGCAUCCAGGAAACCCACAAAAACAGAAACUAUUAAACAAGAAGACAUCUUUAGAACUUUACCUGGAAGAGAUGAACCAAUCAGAACAGUGCUGACAAAGGGAGUGGCUGGCAUUGGGAAAACAGUCUUAACUCAGAAGUUUAGCUUGGACUGGGCUGAAGACAAAGCCAGCCAGGACAUCCAAUUUGUUUUUCCAUUCACUUUCAGAGAGCUGAAUGUGCUGAAAGAGCAAAAGUUUAGCUUGGUGGGACUUGUUUGUAACUUCUUUACUGAAACCAAAGAAGCAGGAAUCUGCAGCUUUGAAGACUUCCAUGUUGUUUUCAUCUUUGAUGGUCUCGAUGAGUGCCGACUUCCUCUGGACUUCCACAACACUGAAAUCCUAACUGACCCUAGAGAGUCCACCUCAGUGGAUGUGCUGUUGACAAACCUCAUCAGGGGAAAACUACUUCCCUCUGCCCGUGUCUGGAUAACAACACGACCUGCAGCAGCUAAUCAGAUCCCUCCUGAGUGUGUUGACGUGGUGACAGAGGUUAGAGGGUUCACUGACCCACAGAAGGAGGAGUACUUCAAGAAGAGAUUCAGAGAUCAGGAGCAGAGUAGCAGGAUCAUCUCUCACAUCAAGACAUCACGAAGCCUCCACAUCAUGUGUCACAUCCCAGUCUUCUGCUGGAUCACUGCUACAGUUCUGGAUGAUGUUCUAAAAACCACAGAGGGAACAAUGCCACCAAAAACCUUGACUGAGAUGUACAUCCACUUCCUGGUUGUUCAGGCCAAAGUGAUGAAGGUAAAGUAUGAUGGAGGAUCUGAAACAGAUCCACCCUGGAAUCCAGAGAGCAGGAAGAUGGUUAAGUUUCUGGGAAGGCUGGCUUUUGAGCAGCUACAGAAAGGAAACUUAAUCUUCUAUGAAUCAGACCUGACAGAGUGUGGCAUUGAUAUCAAAACAGCCUCAGUGUACUCAGGAGUGUUCACACAGAUCUUUAUAGAGGAGAGAGGACUGUACCAGGACAAGGUGUUCUGCUUCAUUCAUCUGAGUGUUCAGGAGUUUCUGGCUGCUCUUCAUGUCCAUUUAACAUUCAUCACCUCUGGUAUUAGUUUACUGGAAGAACAAUCUACAACCAAUGUGUGGUCUACUGUAUUUAACAAAGUGAAACUACAAUCUCUGCACCAGAGUGCUGUUGACAAGGCCUUGCAGAGUACACAUGGACAUUUAGACUUGUUCCUGCGUUUCCUCCUGGGUCUUUCACUGAAGACAAAUCAAACUCUCUUACAGGGUCUGUUGACACAUACAGGAAGCAUCUCAGAGACAAGACAGGAAACAGUCGAAUACAUCAAGAUGAAGCUAAGUAAGAAUCUGUCAGCAGAGAGAAGCAUCAAUCUGUUCCACUGUCUCAAUGAACUGAAUGAUUCUUCUUUAGUGAAGGAAAUCCAACAGGUGAGGUCAGGACGUCUCUCCACAGAUAAACUGUCUCCUGCUCAGUGGUCAGCUCUGGUCUUCAUCUUAAUGUCAUCAGAAAAGGAUCUGGAUGUGUUUGACUUGAAGAAAUACUCUGCUUCAAAGGAGGCUCUUCUCAAGUUGCUGCCAGUGGUCAAAACUUCCAAAAGAGCGCUACUGAGUGGUUGUAACCUGUUAAAGAGAAGCUGUGAAGCUCUGUCCUCAGUUCUCAGCUUUCAGAACUCAAGUCUGAGAGAGCUGGACCUGAGUAACAACAACAUACAGGAUUUGGGAGUGAAGCUUCUAUCUUCUGGAUUGGAGAAUCCAAACUGUAAAGUAGAAACUCUCAGACUGAGCAUCUGUAACCUAUUAGAGAGAAGCUGUGAAGCUCUGUCCUCACUUCUUGGCUCCCAGUCCUCUAGUCUGCGAGAGCUGGACCUGAGUAACAAUGACCUGAGAGACUCAGGAGUGAGGUUGUUGUCUGCAGGACUUAAGAGUCCACAUUGUACCCUGGAAAUCCUCAGUCUAUCAGGGUGUCUGAUCACAGAGGAAUGCUGCUCAGCUCUGAGCUUCAACCCCUCCCAACUGAGACAGCUGGACCUGAGGUACAACCAUUUGGGAGACUCAGGAACAAAGCUUCUAUCAGCUAGACUAAAGGAUCCACAAUGGACACUGAACAUUCUUUGGGUGGAUCCUGCUGGACAACGGUGGUUGAGACCAGGUCUGAGGAAGUAUUCCUGUCAACUCACAAUCGACACAAACACAGUGAACACAAAACUCAAACUAUCUGACAACAACACAAAGGUGACACAUGCAGGGUUUCAGUCAUAUCCAGAUCAUUCAGACAGAUUUGACUGGUGGCCUCAGCUGCUGUGCAGAGAUGGUCUGACUGGUCGCUGUUACUGGGAGGUCGAGUGGAGAGGAAGUGUUGAUAUAUCAGUGAGUUACAGAAGAAUCAGAAGGAAAGGAGGCGGUGAAGACUGUUUGUUUGGAGUGAAUGAUCAAUCCUGGAGUCUAAACUGCUCUGACUCUGAUGGGUACUCUUUCUGUCAUAAUAACAGAAAAAUAUCCAUCUGCUCCUCCUCUGUCUCUAACAGAGUAGCAGUGUAUGUGGACUGUCCUGCUGGCACUCUGUCCUUCUACAGCGUCUCCUCUGACACUCUGAUCCACCUCCACACCUUCAACAUCACAUUCACCGAAACUCUUUUUCCUGGAUUUGGAGUCUGGGGUGGUUAUUCUGUCAGUCCCACUGUUACAUUCUGGCCAGGUCAGACUCCUGGUUCCUCACUGCAACUAUGUGUAGUUUAAUCUCAAGAAUGUUAGAGAAACACUCUGACUGUUGAGCAGAGUCUCUCACUCUCUCUAAAACAUGU